UUCUAUAGGUGUUACCUUGUUUUAACUAUUUGGAACAGGACGACGGUAUAUAAAACCUGUCACCAUAGUUGGGUAGUGCUGUGCAGUACAAGGAUGGAGCCUCACAUGAGACUACCACUUGCGAUCCUAUAUCUCGUACUAAUAGUUUCAGCACAAAAAAAUCGCACGUUUACUUUCCCACAGGGUUUCUUGUUCGGCGCUGGAACCUCAGCUUAUCAGACUGAAGGAGCACAUGAUGUUGAUGGAAAAGGUCAGAGUAUAUGGGACACACAUACACACGAGCAUCCUGACCGAAUUGCUGAUGGAUCGAACGGAGAUGACGCUGCCAAAUCAUACUACAAAUAUAAGGAAGACAUCGAAGCAGUAAAAGAAAUGGGGAUGCAGAUCUACCGUUUCUCCAUAUCUUGGCCACGCAUUAUGCCUCUCGGGCUUCCGAACAUCAUCAACCAGAAAGGCAUUGAUCAUUACAACAGUGUCAUCAACGAGGUGCUCAGUAACAACCUGAUACCCAUGGCGACAAUAUACCACUGGGAUUUGCCACAGCACCUACAAGAUCUCGGAGGAUUUGCCAAUGAUGACAUUAUAAUAUAUUACGAAGCAUACGCUAAAGUGAUUUUCGAAAACUUCGGUGACAGAGUAAAAUGGUGGUGCACAAUUAAUGAACCUUAUUACCAAGCAUUUGGUUAUGAAGGUACACUUUUCGCUCCUGGCUUAAACAGUACUGGAAUUGGUGGGUACUUGGCAGCACAUAACAUGAUCAAGGCACAUGCGCGGGUGUACCAUCUAUAUGAAAAACAAUAUCGUUCAAAGCAGAAAGGCAGAAUAUCUCUCAAUAUGCCCAUAGAUUGGCCCGCACCACGGGAUAAAACCUCCACACAAGACCAGGAAGCAGCAAAAAUAGAGUUGGAGUUUAGUCUUGGUUGGUUUGCCCAUCCAAUAUAUAGCAAAGAGGGUGAUUAUCCUCAGGUAAUGAAGGACAGGAUCAGCAAUUUCAGUCUUGCCGCAGGGUUCCCUUUCUCUCGUCUGCCGUCAUUCACUUCGGCCGAAGUCGAGUACAUAAGAGGAACUGCUGAUUAUUUCGCCUUGAACCAAUACGGUUCGAAACAUGUUGCUAAGGGGGAACAGGGACCUGAUCCUUCAUUCGAUAGGGACAGUGGCGUAGUGAUGACUGGAAACAAGAAGUGGCCUUCAUCCAGAACUUCGAAGUGGGAAACGAUAACACCAAAAGGACUGAGAGACAUCAUUGCAUGGAUCAGGAAGGAGUAUGGAGAAGAAUGGGAAAUUCUUAUAACGGAAAACGGAUUCGCUGAUGGAGGACAGUUAAAUGAUACAUUAAGAGUUGGGUACCUUGCUACAUAUAUGACGGACAUGCUGAAGGCGAUAUACAUCGACAAAUGCAAAGUGAUUGGCUACAUUGUAUGGAGUCUCAUUGAUUCCUUCGAAUGGAUGAGCGGUUACACAUCGACCUUCGGUUUGUACCAAGUGGAUUUCAAAGAUCCUGAGAGAAAACGCACACCGAAACAGUCGGCUUACUUCAUGGCAAACAUUACCAAAACAAGGGAGAUACCGUCGUUUUACGCCAUCGUCACCAAUAAGUUGGAUAAACUAGAAGGGCUGUAAUACGUCAAGAGAUAUUUCUCGACGCCUAACAUAGCGAAUGUAUAUAACUGUACCAGAAACUCCACUGUCUUCUCUUCUACUGCAUAAUUCUUCUGUUUGUCAUGUAGUAUUGGUCAUGAUACUGAUAAGAAUAAAGAAUAUAGACUUA